AUGCCUAGUGAGGUGAAUGAAAGCCCGAAAGUUGACAAAAGGGGGAGUGAAGGGGAGGUUGAGAAGCUUCUUGAAGAAGUAAUAGUGGAGGAUGAAAGUGAUGUUGUAUCGACCCAAGAGAAAGAAGUUCAUGAGCAACGCAACGAGGCUAGUCAAGCGGCACCCAAGGCUUAUGUGCCUUCGGUUCCUUUUCCUCAAAGGCUAGCUAAUAAACAACUCAAUGAUAAAUUCAUGAAGUUCUUGGAAGUCAUGAAAGGACUUCAAGUGCAUAUCCCUUUCCUCCAAGCCAUGUCUCAAAUGCCCACUUAUGCCAAGUUUCUUAAGGAGCUCCUCUCCAAUAAGACCAAGCUCGAGGAAAGUGCUACUAUUGCUUUGACCGUCGAAGUUAGUGUCGUACUUCAAAACAAGCUCCCCAAGAAGCUUGAAGAUCCGAGGUCAUUUUCUAUUCCUUUGAAGAUUGGGGACUUGGAGCCCAAGAGGGCCUUGGCGGAUUUGGGGGUGAGUGUGAGUUUGAUGCCCUUGUCCAUAGCUAAGCAACUUAAUUUUGAACUCAAGCCUAUAAGGAGGGUCAUUCAACUCGCCGAUAGAUCGGUGAAGGUCCCGAUUAGAGAGUUGGAGGAUGUGUCGGUCCAAGUUAGAAGGAUCGUCAUCCCUUGUGACUUUGUGGUUAUGGAGAUGGAGGAAGACUCCCAAGUUCCUCAUAUACUUGGGAGGCCUUUCCUUAAAACGGUCGGGGUUCUUGUUGAUAUGAAGCGUGAUGUGCUUACAUUAAGGGUAGGAGAUGAGAACAGGGAGUUUGCUUUCAAGCAAUCAAUGAAGUCUCCAAUCAUGGAAGAGGUGAAGAGGAUAGAUAGUUUUGAUGAGGACGUCUUGAGUUUGAAGGGUAUGAGGGAUAAGAAGGACCCCUUGGUAGAUGUACUUUUGGGAGAGGAUUUGGAGGAUAAUGAGGAAGGGAAAAACUUCAAGCUUGCCAUGGAUGCCUCUCCAACCUAUUGUGCCAAGGAGGAGAAGAUCGAAGCCCUUGAGGUGCCUUCACCUAAGGAGGAGAGUUCUAAGCCUCCUCCCAAGUCUCUCGGUAUCAAUAGUGCAUCGUCCAUUAUAGGUUUGAAGAUGAUGAAUCAUAAGUUGGGGAAGUCAUGGAGAGCUUGA